UAAUUUUUGGGAGCUAUAAGGUCUUGGUGCUUAUUUUUACAGUUUAUAAGCUAUUUGGAAACUUAUUUUGUCAAACACUUUAAAGGAGCUUAUAAGUUUUUAAACAAUUUAUAAAUUGUUUUAAAGAGUUUAUAAGCUCAGCCAAACACCUUGCGUCUGCAUCUAUUUUAGUGGUCUCAAAUGUCUUGCUCGAUGCACAUUCAUUGGCAGACUUGUAUUAAGUCUAAUCUAGCUUAUAUCUAUAUUAUCAAGCUUUAUGCGUCUAAACCUUUUGGGGCACAUAAUAUGACAAAAUUAAAUUACUUGACUUCAAAAUUUUACGGUUUUUACCCCAUCUUUUCUAAUAAUAAUAAUUGUUUGUUUCCCUUCACGACAAUUAUAAAUUUAUAGAGGUGAAUUGCUGUAGAAAGCGGAAAAAAUACACACAAUAUAAAUUUGUGUGUAUUUAUAUAGAGUUUACGUACUUUUUUAACGUGAACCGAAGAGAAUCCCAAGAUAGCAGCACAACAACCCAUUUCUGCCGUCGCCUUCACGAAAAUCUUCUUCCCAAUUUCCACAAAGAAUUUCAUAUUUCCCCUCCUAUAUUUUCGACACACAUACGUCUCUUCUCUUGUCGUCUUUAUUUAUGAUAAUCAUUGAAUACACGUAAUUGCUCAUAUUGCCUUCCUAGUCCUAUUUGGACGACUGCUUUACAUUCACUUCACGUAAUAUUCGAACACUCGAUUUGCAAUUCCUCACCAAUAUAUUGAUGAAUCUAUCGCUCCAAAUCAUCAUCUCACGCGGCGGCAACAUGGCCGGAAUCAUGUCCGUGGCGAUCCUGUCGUUGUUGGUGGUGUUCUUCUUCGUGGCCAUGCUUCAUUGCUAUGCUAGAUGGUGCAUGGCGCCGCCGGCCGCCGUGGUGGGGUCCCACCGUUUACUCAUCCUACGGCACCUGUUGAAUAUGGAGGGUGUCGUGGAGUGGGCCCCAGAGGCGCAGGGGCUCGACCCUCACGUUUUAUCUUCUAUUCCCGUAUUUAUUUGUGAGGGCGAAUAUUGUAGCGGGUUGGAAUGUGUGAUUUGUUUGAGCUCGUUCGAGAAUGGGGAGGAGGGCAAGAGGCUUCCGUUGUGCGGCCACGCAUUCCACGUCGGAUGCAUCAACAUGUGGCUCCACUCCCACGCCACAUGUCCCGUCUGUCGGGCUCCCGCCCUCCUCGUCGUCGAAGAUGAGUCGAAUGUUGAAGCGGUUAGUCUCGAUGUAACGAGAGUGAGUGACGAGUUGGAAAUUGUGGUUCAGGUUCCGGGUUCGGAGGGCGGGUCCGGGUCCAAUGCUACACAUAAAGCUGCUUUCGUCGUCUAAUCACGUCUACUGAUUUCACAUUUCAACAAAUUCCCAUCGUCUAAAAAAAUAUCUCAAUCUUCUUUUGGAUUCGUUCACAGAAAAAAUAUCACUUUUAACAUAUAAUAAUAGGGUUCACACAAUUUUAUUUACAUUUAAAGUGAGAUUCUUAUUCUAAUAACAAUUUCAUUCACAUUUUAUUAAAAUAUCGUUCACAAUAUGACAAUUUUUUGUGAAUGAAUGAAGUACAAAUUUUGUUUUUUGUUCAAUGUAUAUAAUGGUUUUUUCGAAUGAAAACUUCUUGACUUUC